ACCAGCUGACAGCCUCAGCCUGACAACUUGUGAACUUGAAAGUAGACUUUUUGCUUUGCUGGAAAUGUCUUUCCUUGAUAAUGAGGAAAGAAUGAUGGAAGUACCUACUGGAUCCAUACCUUCCAGUCCUCGUUCCAGUCCUAUUGGUUUGUAUAAUCUACCCCCCACUUGUCAUAUAUACUCAAUAGAUCAGUGCAGUAUUACCCACACUGGUUAUCAAAGACACUCUACAGUAACUGAUGCUAUGAUCAGAGAAGAGGAAUCAUUGAAGGCAGACAAUGCUAGAGAGUCUGAAGAUGAGAAGAGAAAAGUUGAUGAGUUAUCUUGUAUGAAGGUGUCAAAGCGUUUUGAGCGCCUACAACACUUAUUAAAUAAAAGCAAUAUAUACAGCAAAAUACUGCUAAGUAAAAUGGAGGCACAGAUUGAGGAGAAUAAGAAAGAGAAGGAGAGAAAGAGAAAGUCAGAAGCAGCAUCCACCGAACAUAAAACUAAGAGAGAAAAAGAAGAUAAUGUGAAGACAAAGGCUAGAAGAAGUACAAGGAAAAGGAAAGUUAAUGACGAAACUGAUUAUCAACUAUCAGAUUAUAUGGAUGAAUCGGGAAGAUUGAAAAAGAGACAAAAGGUUGAUGUUAAACCUAAUGACUUUGCUACCAGUUCAAGUCAAGAGGAAGGUACAUGUAGAUAUAUUGAAGGUCAGCUGGUCCCCUCAUUACAGCCGAAGUUAGUAACAGGAGGUAUUCUAAGACCAUAUCAAUUGGAAGGUGUUGAAUGGUUGAACGUUUUAUAUGAAAAUGGAGUCAAUGGGAUAUUAGCUGAUGAGAUGGGACUGGGAAAGACCAUACAGUGUAUUGCUUUCAUUGCUCAUUUAAUUGAAAUGGGAGUGCUGGGACCAUUCAUUGUUGUAGCACCUUUAUCUACUAUAUCUAAUUGGGUGUCUGAAUUUAAGAAAUUUGCACCAACUGUAUCAGUAUUCCUAUAUCAUGGUAGCAUAUCAGACAGACUGGCUUUAAGGAAGAAGAUAUUUAAAUCUAAACACAAAGAUGGUAUUCUUCCAGUUGUUGUGACAUCUUAUGAGAUUGUACUGAAGGACAGUUCAUAUUUAGCAAACAAGUCAUGGAAAUUCUUAAUUGUUGAUGAAGGACAUCGUAUUAAGAACCUUAACUGUAAAUUGAUCAGGACAUUAAAGACAUAUGAUGCUGCUAAUAGGCUGCUAUUGACUGGUACUCCUUUACAAAAUAAUUUAACUGAAUUAUGGUCUUUACUUAACUUCUUACUACCAGAUCUGUUUGAUGAUCUUAACAGUUUCCAAUCAUGGUUUGAUUUCAGUUCAGUGGUUGAUGAUAAUACAAUUGAAUCAAAUGAAUCAAUCAUUAAUAGAGAAAAAGAAGAAAAAGUCCUGAGCACAUUGCAUCAGAUUCUAACUCCAUUCCUCCUUCGACGUCUUAAAACUGACGUUGAACUUGGCAUUCCUCCCAAAAGAGAAGUGUUAGUAUAUGCACCUUUGACAUCACUGCAAGAGAAAUAUUAUACAUUAAUAUUGAAUAAAACAAUCGAUAAAUUAAUCAAGAAUGGUGAAAAAAGUGACUAUCUGACUGAUGAUGUGGUACUUCAUGAUAACAGUGAAAGAUCUUCCAAGAAGAAAGCAAAAGAAAGACUUUCUCUGCUGAGUGAUGAUCAGAUUGAAGCUCAUUUUGAAGCAUUGCUUGCUGGUCAAGAUCAAGAUAUUACUGAUAUUGAUUCAUCUAAUAAAGAAAAUGAGAAUUGGUACAGUAUCAGCAGUGAAGAGCAUAAGUCAGUAUUUAAUGUUAAAAUGACUUGUAUGUGGGUCAUGUUAAGAAAGUGUUGUAAUCAUCCUUAUCUGGUUGAGUUUCCACUGACUGACGAUGGUCAGCCUAAGAUUGAUGGUGAUCUCAUUACUGCAAGUGGCAAACUAUUGAUGUUACAUAAAAUGUUACCUCAUUUGGUGAAGCAACAACAUAAGGUCCUUAUAUUUUCACAGAUGACACAGUUAUUGGACAUAUUAUCAGAUUAUCUUGAAUUGUCUUCUCUUGGUUACUCAAGACUAGAUGGCACAAUGUCUUACUUUGACAGAGAAUUAGAGAUGGCUCGAUUCCGUGAUGAUCCUGAUUGUAAUGUAUUUCUAUUGAGUACUAGAGCUGGUGGUUUGGGCAUUAACUUGACAUCAGCAGAUACUGUUAUUAUAUUUGACUCAGACUGGAAUCCUCAAGUUGAUUUGCAAGCUCAAGAUAGAUGUCACAGGAUAGGACAGACUAAGCCAGUGAUGGUCUACAGGUUUGUUACUGCCAAUACAAUUGAUCAGAAAAUUGUGGAGAGGGCAGCUGGAAAAAGAAGAUUAGAAAAAAUGAUAAUUCAUAAAGGGAAGUUUAAAGGUGGUAAAGAUGGCCAAAGUAGUGCAUUUACAGUUGAAGAGCUUGUUGAGUUAUUAGAGUCUGUUGAUCAUGACAAAGUUGUGUCUAGCAAUGACAUUAUAUCAGAUACUGCAUUAGCUGCAUUGCUGGACAGAUCAAUGUUAACUGGUAGUAGUGGAAAGAGUGGCACUGCUACUGUAGGACCUGACCAUGAUAGUAUAUUUAAAGUUAUAAUUGAAGACAAAGAUGAUAAAGAUAUGUCCCUUUCAAAAUAAAUACAUAGGCAACUCUGAACAAUGACUAUUAUUAUUUAACCUUAUUUUUAUCGUCUCAUUUAUCCGUUAAUAUCCAUAGUAACACUAGUUCAAUAGAA